AUGGCUUCCAACAGCAACCCAGACCCGAACAGCACCGAAGAGGCCCAUAAAUCACUGCGACACUCGCUGCUGGGCCCGUCGCUGCUCAAGGCCGGGCAGGACCGCGUGAACCAGCAGAAGGUUGGCGAGAUCAUCUACAACGCCUCGAAGGGGUCAAAGUUCUUUAAGCAUGAGGAGCGGAGGGACGAGCAACUUACAAAACGCAUCGAAGGCAUCUUGAAGCGCAAGAAGGAGCUGGAGGCGCUCGAUCUGUCGGUUUAUGUGAAGAAAGUAGACGAACAGAUCGCAGCCCUCGAAGCCAGCCGGGACCUCUCACAGACAAUCGUGCACGUCGACUGCGACGCCUUCUACGCCUCCGUCGAGGAGCUCGACCGCCCGGAGCUCAAAGAGGUGCCGAUGGCCGUGGGCGGCGGCGUGCUGACGACGUGUAACUACAAGGCGAGGGAGUUUGGGGUGCGCAGUGGCAUGGCGGGGUAUAUUGCGAAGCAGCUGUGUCCGCACUUGAUCUUCCUGCCGCUGAAUUUCGAAAAGUACGGGCAGAAGGCGGAGGAGGUGCGGGAGGUGCUGGCGAAAUAUGACCCGCGAUAUGAGGCCGGGAGCUGUGACGAGGCGUUUCUGAAUAUCACAAAGUACUUGGAAGAGCACCCAGAGAUGACUCCAGACACAGCGACAGAGCAGAUACGCGCAGAGGUGUUUGCACACGCAAAAAUCACCGUCUCUGCUGGAAUUGCGCCAAACGCUAGGUUAGCCAAAAUCGCCUCCAACCAGAACAAACCCAACGGCCAAUUCCGAAUCCAACCCACCGUCGAUGCAGUCCGCACCUUCAUGUCCACCCUCCCUGUGCGCAAAGUCAACGGCGUCGGCCGCGUCUUCGAGCGCGAGCUGCAAGCCAUCGGCAUAAACACCUGGGGCGACGUGCACCCCCUCCGGCACCUCCUCCAACCCCUCUUCAGCGAAAAGCUCGCCUCCUUCCUCCUCAACUGCCACCUCGGCCUCGGCCGCACGCACGUCCACCCCGUCGACGAGUACGAGCGCAAGAGCAUCGGCACCGAGUCCACCUUCUCAGACCUCCGCGGGCCCGACCCGCUCCGCGCAAAGCUCCGCAGCACCGCAGUCGAGCUGGAGAAAGACCUCGCAAACGCGGAGCUGAAGGGACGGACGGUGAACCUGAAGGUGAAGCUGCACACGUAUGAGGUGUACACGAGGCAGAAGGCACUGGGCAGGGCGAUAUGUACAGCGGAGGAGUUGUAUAAUGCGGCGCUGCCGCUGCUGGCGGGGUUGGAGGUGGAGUUUCGGCCGUUGAGGCUGCGCUUGAUGGGGUUGAGGAUGACGCAGCUGGUGGAUGCGAAUCGGGGCCCGGGAAGGCUGGAGGAGCUGUUUAAGAACGCGGGGACAGCGGGGGCGGGGAAGAGGAAGCGCGAGAGGGACGAUGAGGGGUGGGAGGUGUGGCCGGAGGAGGAGUUUACGCAGAUGAAGGCCGCCUCGGGCGAGCAGGAGGAGGAUAUCCUACUACUAUCGCAGCACGAAGUCGUAGAUAGCGACGAGGAGGAGGGCGAAGAGACUUCCGCCGCCGCCGCCGCCGCCGAGGUAGCGGUGAACUCCAAGAACGCGAACGCCCCAGAGCAGGCGCCCGAGGAGGAGAGGUGGCCGUGUCCAAUCUGCACGCGCAUGCUCCCGGCAGAGGAUGCGCUGUUUAACGAGCAUGUGGACUUUUGCCUCUCGCGGGAGACGAUCAAGGAGGCGGUGAAGGGGUCGUCGGGGCCGCCGGACCCGCCGGAGAAGGUGCAGCAGCACCAGCAGCAGGAGAAGAGGCCGAGGUUGGGGGAGAGGAAGAGGAGGGGUAAUGGCGGGAGAGGAGGAGGGAGGGGCGCGGGUGGGGAUGAGGCGGGGGAGGGGCUGAUUAGACAGUAUUUUGUAAAGCCGGCGUAG